GGGUCUGCGUCUGCUCGUAUUCUCUCGGAAGUUCGGUAUGAAACGGUAAAAAAUGUGAGUAUUCGUUUCGUUCCGUUUUUACGAAACAAAAAAUAUCAUUUUGUUUUGUAUCGCAUUUAUACGAAACACGUAAAUCUUGUUUCAUUUCGUAUAAUGUUGUUACGAAACGUGAAAUUAUUUUUUCGAUUUGUACCAUUAUUUACGAAACACAAUAAAAUUGUUUCGUUUCUUAUCGGUUUUUACGGAAUAUUUCAUAACUCCCCGCCCAAACAGAUAUUUCACGAUUCCCAUGCCCUCGAGCAAUACAUAAACUUUUACGUUUAAUACUUACUAACUCAAUGUUUCGUAAAUCAAAGUUUAACUAAAAAAAUGUAUUAACAAAGCAAUGCAAUAGCAUCAUUUUCAUAAGGUUUAGCACAUCUAACGAAGUUAAAAAAAGAUAUUGUCUUCUGUAGGUAGGUUUUAGUAAAACUGAUGAACUUAAAGUUUAAAUUUUAUUACAGUAAAACCGUUUUACUGUAAUAAAAUUUUAACUUUAAGUUCAUCAGACAUAAAUUAUGUAUUUGUUUAUAAACUCGCAUGAAGAGUUUGAAAUCAUUGUUUGAAUUAAAUACUUCAAAUUAUAUUAUAUAACAUUUUAAAUGCAAUAUUGUUGUGUUAACUUGAAAUAUUUUGCAAAACUAAUUAAUUUAUUGUUUAAAAACCAUAGUAAUUCUCAAUCAUAUAAUCAUGCCUAUAAAAGCUACAAUUUUAUGGAAUUAUUUCAAUAAAGUUACUGUGUCAGGUGUUAAGUGUGGGGAAUGUAAAAAGUGUCAAAUCCAAAUCAAGUUAACUGAUGGAUCCACUAGUGGUAUCAGGUACCAUCUGAAAACAAAGCAUCCCACUGACUACGCUACAAUGUUAAGAGCCCAAAUUGAACUUGAGCGCCAAAGAGAAGAAGAUAUUAAAGAAAAUACAGAAGCUGCCUUCGAACUGAAUGACGCAUACAAUCAAUGAUCACAAAAAGGCUUAUCUAAAUGUGUUAAUGGGGGAACUAUUGGGAAAUAUUCUUCCCAAUCAGGCAGGCAAUUGGAGACAGACAUGGUAAUCAUGUCAUACAUUGCCAGGUCAAGUAGUCCAUUCACUCUAGUAGAUGAACCAUGCUUCAAAGAAAUGGUGGAACAUUUAAAUCCAAAAGUAAUUGUGAAACAUUCCUCGACUUUUUCAAGGUACAAGCUGCCAUUGCUUUAUGAAAGCGUUAUGGAUACUGUGCAAAACCUAAUUGAAAAAGAAGUUUCCACUUGUCAACAGGUGGCUAUCACCACUGAUGGUUGGACCUCUAGGUCACAGGAUCCAUACAUGACUCUUACGCUUCACUAUAUCAAUAGUCAGUUUGAACUGAAAAAAUAUGUUCUCAACUUUGACAAUUUUGUGGGAAGACACACUGGUUACCACAUUAGCAAAGCUCUGGAAGAAAUGAUCCAAAAAUAUCCGGUAUUGGACGCCGUGCCCAAGAAAGUCAUUGUCCACGAUGCGGCGACAAACAUGAAACAUGCUGUGUCAAUCAUGAACAAAACAAAAUAUGAAUCACUGUUGUGUGCAGACCACCUACUAAACACUAGCCUACUACAUGCUACCAAUGAAGUGCAAGAAGUCAAAGAAUGCAUAGAUAUUGCCACACAACUAUCUAGCAAAGUCCACAGAUCCACCUUAGCUUGUCAACUUAUUGAAAAAGAGUGUAUGUUGCUCCGUGUAAACUAUGUUAAAAUCAUUGCUCCGGUAAAAACCAGGUGGAAUUCUAACUGUUUUAUGCUGGAGUCAAUCUUUAAACUUAAAGAUGUGUUGAUUUCUCUUAGAGAAAAAGAUGCAAUAAAUAACAACCCACUACAGAACGUUAUUCCAAGUGACAACCAAUUUUCACUGAUGGCUUCACUGAUGCCAGUCUUAAAAAAAAUGAAGAUUAUGUCAGAUUGCAUGUCCAAGGACACUGAACCAGUGCUUCAUCAUAUGCUAACUAUGCUUUAUAAAACUGACAAUUUUCUUCAUGACCACAUUGAUAUGGAAAACUGAGAAAUAGUUAAUGCUUUUUGUAAAGUGAGCAUUUACACCUAGCCACGCGAUUCAAUGAACAUGGAAGAUACAACCAACACUAUGCCUUGGGAAACCUUCUUCAUCCGUACUUUAGAGGUUAUAAGUUUUAUUUCUUGGAUAUAUGCUUAGACAUUACGGUAUCUUCGAAGAGUUCACCAGAAAAGUCAUCAACGAUCAUCCAUCGUCGGACGCUGUUUCGAUCAGUGAAAAAAAUAAUCAUAAAGCUACACAAGUUAAAAUGCCAGUUGGUGCGGAUGAGUGCGACGAUUUACAAAAUAUAGAGAUUGAACAGGGUAAUAAUAACCACAGCAUUAGUCAAAAUGUACCGGAAAUUGAAAGGGAGUUUGAAUCUUUCCACGCUAUGCCUCGUGUUGAAGAAAAGCAUAAAGUUGAUGUGCUGAAAUGGUGGAAGAAACAUGCCUCUACUUUGCCAUUGUUAGCACAAUUGGCAAGAAAUUUGCUCUGCAUUCCGGCUGCAUCAAGCUGUAGUGAGAGAGUGUUCAGCGCCAGCGGUGGAAUUAUAAAUGAUAAAAGACACAGUCUUUCCACUCAGACAGCAAAGCAAUUGACUUUGAUUAAAGUCAAUUAUGAUCUUGUCUGUCCUCACAUGACCUUGAAAAUUAUAAGCGACGCUGAAGAAGCCCUGGACGCCGCAGCAUUAACUCCAGUUAGAACACCUCCCAAAAAUCCUAUUCCUAAAGCAGUUUUUUCAAAUAACCAAAAAAGGUUAUUGUUCAAAACAAAAAACGUUUCAACAACGCCAUUAUGUUCUUCUUCUUUACCAUCAACACCAACAUCUUCAGGAAUCAAAAGAAAAACAAUGGAAAUUCCAGAAGAAUCCAAAACAACAUCAUCCGAAAAAACAUCCAAAAGUGACACUCAACAAGUAUUAAAAUAAAAAUGUUUUACUUUUUAUUGUGAAAUUUUAAAACCGUGAAAUAUAAUUGUCUAAAUAAAAACUGAUUUUUCGUAAAAAUCGCAAAUGUGUGCUUAAAUUGGUACAAUAUAAAAGUAAAUUACUUUUUUAUUUUAUGCUAGCCCUAUCUGU